AUGUCUUACUACUACGUAUCCUUCGCUCAAUUGGGAAUUCAAAUAGUAACACCUAGUACUGCUCUCUGGGAAUCGAUUGGUCCUGAAGAAGUUGAACGGCUAAUUGAUUCAAAUUUUACAAUUUUUCACAAGGAUGAAGUCCUUGAUUCUGGAAAAAUCACCAAUGAUUUUUUAUUAGUCUAUUGUUUG